AUGCCUCCGAAACGGGCUUGCGACUUGUGUUACUCCAAGAAGAUCUCCUGCGACCGGUCAGAUCGAGACGCUGCCUGCGACUGGUGUAGGCAUCAUCAGCUCACCUGCACAUUUGACAGGGCGAGGGCUAGAAAGCGAUGCCCAAAGCCUAGGAUAGAGAAUAGCGUCUUUGCGGUAGAACGCAGUCUGUCGAGCCAGCUGCAACCCGUUGACUUUGUUCUGGACCGGGUCAUGAUGGACCAAGUCAACUCUAGUACUUCUUCCUCACCUUUUGUGCAGGAAUCACAACCGGGUCACUGCGGUAUCUUUGCCCAGGAAAAUUUCAAACCCGAUGAUCUCCUAGAAUCGUCAAUGCCUUUGGCCGAAAGCCAUCUUUCGCAGCUUAACGACCUCGGUUGCCUGGAUAGAGAGACGGCCUGGCAGAUUCUUCAAGCAUACUCCGAGUCUUCUGUACGAUAUGUCCUACCCCUUGUCGACCCAGUUCUCUUCCAGGAUAGCCUCGAGCUCGCAUACUCCUCCGAGGAAACCAUUCAAGCGUCUCAACGAGCUCAGGCACAGGGAAGUAUCUUGGCCCUCAUUUCUGUUCUGAGCUUUCUCGACGACCACGCCUUGUCUCUCUCGCACGACCUGGGAAUGAAGUGUGCGUCUCAGGCAUCGGCCCUGGUAGAGUUCACGAAUGAAGAGGCUAGCCUCUUGAAUCUCCAGACUGUUUCUUUGCUGCGACUUCAAUGUGCCUUUACUGGCCAGAUCUCAGGUGCUAUCAAGAGGCAUGAAACUGCCUGUCGUCUCGUCAAGGAGCUUGGCUGCCAUACUAUGGGGGUUGGUGGAUCAGGACUUGAGAACACGGCUUACAACCAGCGCGAGAAUCGAGAGCUGCGCACAUUGUUUUGGCAUAGCUACAUUACCGACAAGCAGAUUAUCAUGCGAACCGGCAUGGAACCUCUUCUACCUGAUGACAUCUGCGACCUGACACUCCCGAAGGACUGCAGCGCCUCCAAAGGAUAUCCCAUCCCCGAACUCAAAGACGGAGGCAUGUCUCUACCGCCGUACGGGGUCUUGUCGCCUUGUCUUGUGGGGGAUAUCCAACUCAGCAUCCUCAAGUCCAAGGUCUGGCGACUCCUGUACUCGACCGAGGCACGGCAGAGGUCCGAGGCGGAGCUACUGUGGGCGGUACGCGAGCUCGACGGUGAGCUGGAAGCCUGGAGGAUGUCUGUCCCUACAAAGCUGAGACCGACAUUCUUGAUCGCUGACAAGAGGCACAUCUCGCCUCCUGAGAUUGAUCUACCGUCCUGGGUGCGGCAUCAUGCUACUACUCUGCAUUUGGAGUAUCGUCAUCUGUUUAUUACUAUACACCAAGCCAACGCGAGAUAUCAAUUUUCCAAGGGUUCGGAUAGCUUGGAGCAUGCGUGGAGUAGUAGCGUUCAGUCUAGCAUUACGUUGGCGCUUGAGGCUAGUCGCUCGACACUGUUGUAUCUGGAGACGGUGCUGGAUCGGCUCGCAAAGGAAAUGUUCUGGAUGUGUAUUCACUACCCCAUCGUCGCCCUGCGAACCCUAUUCGUAAACAUCGUGGCCAACCCGUCAGGCCCAGAUGCAAAGUCUGAUCUACAGCUCCUCUGCUCCACGGCUAGCUUGAUCGAGCGGAUGCCCAUGUCUAACAGGCUUGUUCACGGGAAGGUGUACAUCCAAAAGAUAGAGGAAGAGAUUUCUGGGUUGGUUGAGUAUGUACGGAGUCUAAAGGGUUGA